AUUUUCUAGGCAGCGGUUAAAACACAGUAAAUUUUUCUUUUCUGUCGUGCUGUCACCACUGAUACUCCAACACACCUCCAACACAAAUCAAAAAACGCUAUGAAGUUUGAAAUGCUCUCGAUCGCCAUCAUUUCUGUUGUUUUGCAGUUGGAGUUUUCCGUGGAAGUUUAUGCAAAGUUGAAGACACCGGGAAAAAUUCUCCAACUUAAAUCACGACCAAAUGCCAUUAGACGAGCGCAUGUAAUUAAAUGCUGCGGCUCAGACUCUUGCUUUGGAAAAAAUCUCAAAACACGAACUGCGUCUAAUAUUUUUAACACAACGUUAUCCAACAGUGCAAAGACAACACACAAAAUGUCAAAUGAGUUAACUGGAACCAUCAAUACGAACACAGUAGCUGAAAGUUUUUCCUCCGAAUUAAAUUCUAACACUGAUGUGAGUGCGCCAAUGUCAAGUUUGGAUCCCAAUACGUCCACAGAUGAAACAAUUACCCCAAUGACGACAUCAACUGAUCUCGCCCUGAGCACCGAAGUGCUUUCAAAAUUCACAGAAAAUCAGAUAAGCUCGCAGCAAAGCUCAAUUUUGACUUCGGAAAUUGCGUCAAAUCCAGUUCAAGCUUCCAGUUCAAAUACUGACGCGUUUAUCAAGACGACGUUUUCAACUCUUUUAAGUAGCUCUGAAACCUCAACAAUUAACUUUGCAACUACAACUACCACACCUGAAACAACAACCGCAACUACGAAACCCACUACAACAACAACCAAACCUCCUACAAUACAAGAGCUUCUUAGUGGAAAAUGCGACACUUCUUUUGAUUUAGACCCAAAAACUUUUGACACAGACGGUUCUCUAAAAGAUCCAGAUCAAUACGGUUUUUGGAUUCAGGCUGGCGGUCAACAAUUUGUGUUUGGAAAAUUUCUGGUUGACUGGCGUCAAAAUUUCAUCACGUGCUUUAAAAUUGGAAUGGAGCCUCUUACAUUUGACACUGCAGCAAAAAUGAACACCUUGAAGAGCCUUUCACCGACAUGGAAAUAUACAACAAACUUUUGGACUGCUGCAAACCGCGUGGGUCCGCAAAACUUCUCCUGGUGCAAGAAAAAUGGAUCGGCUGAAAUAAACAGCACUAACAUUCCCUGGGGCUUUAAUCAGCCAGACAACAUAAACCAAAGCCAAAAUUGUUUGCACAUACGUGUGAUCAAGUCAAAUUCGUCGCUUUAUUUUUCAGACCGCAUGUGCACCGACACGUACUUCUUAUCCUGCCAAGGCCGUCCAACUUUAGCUCCUAGAUGCUUAAAUCCCAUUUGCCCAACCAUCAACUGCACGAAAAAUAUCGAUGACUUUUACUUGUAUGAUAAUACAACACGCUUGCUAGACUUGAAAAAGCAUGGAAAAUGGUACAGAAUGAACGGACGUUUGUACGUUUUCAGUUACGCAAAUGCAACACAAACUUUUGCUGGCGCUCUUGAUGCCUGCUGCAAAAUCGGGAUGUCUCUCCUCAGCCUGGAAUACCAAACCAAAUACGCCGCAUUGAAGAGUGCAGUAGAAAACAAAGAAACUCAGUCUGACUUUUACUGGACUUCUGGUGUGGACAUGGGUUGCGAAGCGAAAUAUGGUUUUUGCACAUCCAAUCGAACUUUGCGCGACAAAACGAUUUGGGCGCCGGGACAGCCGGACAAUGCUGGUGGCAUAGAAAACACGCUUGCCGUAUUCAUCAAUUCGUCCCACGUGCAGCUGUUUGAUUUCAGCGAGAAGAAAAAGUUUAGAUACAUCUGCGAGUCACGCGACAACUCAAAAGCGGCAGCCGGAGGGGCUGCAGUUGCCAGUGAAUGUGCCCUGAUAUUCAACGUUAGCCAGAUCGAGAUUGACGCAUUGCUGAACUUAACAAUGAAAUUUGACAUUCGUAUUAAGUGCUUUUUGAAAUGUGUUGGAGAAUAUGCAGGACUGCUAGAGAAUGGGAAACUUUUGGACUACAGUAUUAUUGUUACCCUGGAAGCUUUGGCCAACACAAAUCUGACUGAAUUGCUAAGAAACUUAUUAGCUCUUGAUGAAUGCUGGAACACAACCUCCGGAAUGGACGAGUGCGAUAAGGCGGCGCAAAUGAUCAAAUGCAGCAAUGAAAAGUCUCCUGAUGUCCUGGAUAGCGUGAUUUCGACUAUGGACUCACAAAUGUCGCUGGAAAAAUUUGAGCCAGAACCUCCCUGCAUAAAAAUUUAUAUUCCGGAAAACUUCACAAUUUCCAUUCCAAUACACAACUGCGACGUUCCUCCGUGCAAUACUCCAUAUGGUCUUGUGAAAAGCAACUGCGGUAAAAAAUAUUUCCACACUGCAAAUAAGUACAACUACACGUUUGCUUGGAGAGCGUGUUAUGAAGCUGGCUUAAUUUUUUCAUAUUUUAUCAAUCCCAGUGAUGUGCAAUGCGUACUAGAUGCAUUUGGCAACACCAGUUCAUCAAACGUAUGGAUUGGGGCGAGUCCCACAAAUUCUCUGCACGAUGUUGUUUGGUGUGUAUAUGAAGACAGCGUUCCGUUUGAUCCACAUGUUUUUGCAACAUUUUCCAUUAAUUCUGGACCUGAUAAUGCUUUCUGCAUGAACUACACAAAUAACGCGGUCAUGACUGCAAACAUUGCGACAGAGUAUAAUGUCCUCUGUCAAAACCUAUGAACAAAAAUUAGACCAUCUCAAUAUUUAAAGAAUUUAAAUGAAAGUAAAUUGUUAAUAUUUCCUGCUUUUAGUUCAUGCGGAAAUAAAUAACUUGUUUUGAAUUUUAUCAAAUGAAUUCACAAAUGAAUCACAUUCGGAUUAAUGCUAUU